AUGAAUGAUACAUUUAAUUUACGUUCAUUUGUUGAAAAUCAAGUAGAAAAAUUAUCAACACCAAAAAAUCUUAUUGUAGAUAAAUUUCGACAAACAGUUGAUACGAUAAAAUCACCAUUUUCAUCUAGUAAUAAUAAUACCGAACAAGAUGCAACAAUACCAUUAACAAUAAAUAAUAUGUCAUAUACUCUAUGUCCAUUAGAAUCUCUAUCAAGUUCAUCGACAUCAUCAAUAUCUAGUAAUGGUCGUUUAUUGAAUUCACAUUUAAUAUCAACAAAUAUUCAAGAUUCAAUAACAAAUAUAAAAAAUUUAUCGAAUAAAAUAUCAUAUCGAUGUUCACCAUUAAAACGUCAUGUAUCCGAAUCAAAUAAAUCCGAUGUUACAAAUCUUUUACGACCAAUUUAUCAUGAUAAUCCACCAAUUAAUGUUGAUAUUUUAUUUAAUCAAAAUAAUCUUGAGAAAUUAAAACAUGGCGAACGAUCACGAUCACUUAUUCGACAAUCAACAGAAGCAACAUGUACAUUUCCAAUUCGACAUGCUAUUCGUCGUUUAGAAUCAGUUGAAAUUCCAGGAUUAAACGGAGUUAAAUCUAUACGUUAUAUUAAUGAUGAUCUUGGUAAAUUACAACCUGAUCUAUAUAAAAAACAAACAUCAGAAAACGAUCCAUCUUAUAAUACUGGUAAAAUAACAUUUACACUUUUCUAUAAUCAAUCAUUAACAUCAUUAAUAAUAACAAUACUUUCUAUUGAUCAAUUACCAUAUCGUAAUUUUAAUUCGAAAGCAUUACCAAAUCCAUUUAUUAAACUUACGUUAUUACCUGAUCGUCGUAAAAAAUUUCAAACAAAAUUAUAUAAACAUACACAAUCAACACAAUUUAAUGAAACAUUUCAUUAUCCAAUAUCUUAUGAACAAUUACAUAAACGUAUUUUAUUAUUAUCGAUUUAUGAUUUUCGUCGAUCAACAAAAAGAAAUUUAAUUGGUACUGUUAAGAUUGAUGAUAUUUGUUCUAUACCAGAUAUUACUUUAUAUGAUAUUAUAUUUACAAAAAAUAUCAUGCCUAGUACAGAGAGUGAUCCUGAUCUUGGUGAAUUAACAAUAUCAUUAUGUUAUUUACCUAAUGCUAAACGUGUUACUGUAACUAUUGUUAAAGCAACUUCAUUGAAACCAAUGGAUAUAACUGGAAAAUCUGAUCCAUAUGUCAAAGUUCUUCUAUUAAUAAAUGGAAAAAGAAUUCGAAAGAAAAAAACAUCUGUUAUAUCAAAUACACUUAAUCCAAUGUAUAAUGAAAGUUUAGAAUUUGAUUUAUCAAAUGAAGAUCUUCAACAUGCUGAUUUAAUAUUUAAAGUUAUUGAUUAUGAUCGUGUUGGUUUAAAUGAAUUAAUUGGUUGUACUGGUAUUGGUAUUCAUUUUCAUGGUAUUAAUCGUAAUCAUUGGUAUCAAAUGUUAGAAUAUCCACAUGUACCCAUAACUCAAAAUUAUAAUUUAUGUGAAACAAUACCCAUUAUAACAUGUACAGAUUCCAAAGUAAAUAACAAACAAAAUAAUUUGUAA